GUCUCAAGAAGGCCUCCUGUAAACUGGCAGUGGAUGUGGAGGGGAGGGAGAAAGAGGGAGCAGUUUGUAGAGAAGAUGGAGAGAGAGGAGGGGCCAGAACCAGCUUAUGUGAGGUGGUUGUUGCAACAAGUGGAGGUUCUUCUGACUCACUCCUGACAUCAGUUGGGAGGCGGAGAGUUGGAGUUGUGUCCAGGCUGAGAGCUGGAUCAUUG